CCAUGGCAGAUCGGCGCAGACGUUUUCGAAAUAAUAACAACAAAAAGAACGCGGAGGAGGCACAACCGACUCCUGUCACUAUUGCACGCCGCGAAGAUUCACGCGCCAACGUGCAGCCAAAAAUAUUGCUUAAAAAGGAGCAGGAUGUGGGUAACAGCGGCAGUACCAGUACGAGCAGUAGUAGCAAUAACCAGGAGCUGCCAUAUGCGGCCAAAACUAUAAUCGCCGGUCGCACCGAUAGCCGCAGCAGCUGCGAACGCAGUCAAUCCACCUCCGUCCAAUCUGGCAGUGGCGUCUGCGGCUCCACAACAGCAACAAGCAGCAGCAAAGAUAGGACAGAUGGUGUCGCAGCCAGUACAACGCCUGUGGAGACAGUACCGCGCAUGACCCGACCGAUGCCAAUAGUUGUUUCCAGUGGCAUCUUCAAUGCCAAUGCACGGAAAAUGUUUCACAAGACGAACACGGAUUUCACAGUCGUUGGCGUCUUGGGUGCCCAGUGCGUUGGCAAGUCCUCGCUGCUGAAUUUAUUGACCACCGAGCGAGCGAGUGACUACGACUACUAUGAGCAUUUAUUUGGUCCUAAUGCCGAUGCCUGCAUAUUUCCGACCCGACACAAAUGCAAAUCCACAAAGAAUGUGCUGCGACCGCGCACGGAAACCACACAGUUUUUUAUUACGAAGGAACGUAUGGUGCUAAUUGACACGGCACCGUUUCUGGGCAGCGUGGGCGCCAAGGAGGCGGAAUAUCUGGACACACAAUCCGUGGCCACAAUGGCGCAGCUAAUCAGUCUCUGUCACGUGCUCGUAAUAGCCUUUGAUGAGAUUAGCAUGGAGCAGGUGCGUCUGGUUUACGCAGCAGUGCGUCUUCGGCCACGCGCCAUUGGCAAAAACUAUCUAAAAAAUUUUCUGCCACAUGUGAUAUUUGUGCGCACGCAUGCCCAACGUCAGGACUUCGAGCCGGUGCAGCGGGAACGCCUGGAGAAUCAGCUCCACCGGCUAUAUGGCAACACUGGCCUGCCCAUUUAUCGCGGACGUGGCGAUGUUAAGCGUGUGAAUAGCUUUUAUAUGCCAGAGGUGCACAACAAUGAGGCGACCACCUAUCAUGCCAGCCUCAGCGAUAUCGUCCGCAAGUUUCGGGAGCGCGUCUUCAGCGCCACACGCCAACAUAUGUGUCUUAGCAACGACUUUAGCGAGGCCGCCUGGUUUGAUUUGAUCGGAGAGAGUAUGCGUUUGGGUCAGCACUUCGAGAAGAUAUACGCGGAACUGAAGUCACGACAUUUCGAUGGAAAGCAUCAAAAUAAAUGGAGGUUGGAUUGCUGGCGAAGCUAUGGAGGAGGGGAUAGUCAGAUUGCUGCCGGCAUUUGGGAGAAUCAAUGCAAAUAAUAAAUGGGAGUAAUGUUUUUUAUUAACUAAAUAAUGUACUCAAUAUUUGGUUUAUCUUUAUCGAACUUAGUCGAUAACUAAACUAAUCGUCCUGUGGAA